CCCAACUCUCCCUCCUGCCAAACCCUCAUCAAUCCACAUCCCAGCCAACCCAGUCUCUCCCAUUCAAUAAUCUCCUUCCUCUGCUCUACUUUCUCCUGCGCUUUUUGUUACAAACCGCUUUUACCGUUUACAUAACCUACCCACUCUCUUUUUCCACAAUAUUCGACCAUUCUAUUUCAUCGCCCAAGCCAACGGAAGAGACAGACGCAUUCUGCAAGACCAUUCUCCAAGGCGGCAUAAUUACUUAGCUGCUCGCCAACUGCAGCGAUCAACAAGCUGCUAGCAUUUCAUAACAGCCUUUCCUUUUCAUCAAGGCAACGCCGAUUUCCCUUUUAGAUUCCGACCAACCCGUCAACACCAUGUCAGGCAAGCUCGACCAGUCUCUCGACGAGAUCCUUUCGACUCGUCGCAAGUCUGCCGGAACUCGCCGCAGGUCGCAACGUCAGUCUGCUGGCCGUCCCGCAACAACUGCGCCCGUUGGCGGUGUUCAGAAGACAUCGAGGGCCGCGCGCGUCGCGGCCAAUAAGCCUACUCCCGCCAAGGCUACACCCCACACUGGUGAAAGCAAGAUAAUCGUGAACAACCUGCCCAAGGAUGUAAACGAGCAGCAAAUUAAGGAAUAUUUUGCCCAGGCGGUCGGUUCUAUCAAGAAGGUUGAGCUCUCCUAUGGGCCCAACUCGGUCAGCCGCGGCAUCGCCAAUGUGACCUUUCACAAGCCGGAUGGCGCUAGCAAGGCCUUUCAGAAGCUCAAUGGUCUUCUGGUUGAUGGUCGCCCCAUCAAAAUUGAGAUUGUUGUCGCCGCUGCCCAGGCUGCCAACGUCAUCCCACAGCCGAAGAGCCUCGCUGAGCGCACCACGCAACCCAAGGUGCAGCCGAAGUCUGCUGCUUCGGAUAAGCACAACGCUAAUGGUGCGAAGAGUGCUGUGGCGAAUGCCGGUGCUCGAGGUCGCAAGACUCGCCGCCCGCGCAACAGCAGACCCGCCAAGAAGACGGCCGAGGAGCUGGAUUCCGAGAUGGCCGACUACUUUGAAUCUGCUAACAAUGCUCCUGCGACCGAGAACACCAAUGGCGCCGCAGCUGCUCCUGCUCCUACAAACGGCGACGCGCCCAUGGAGGAUGAGAUUAUGUGAACUUAGACAUAGGCUGCCAGCUUAUGGCUUAGGGUUAAGACGAAGUCAGAAACAGGCCUAGGAUGACCUGGGACAUAGUUAGACUUGACUUCUGGCCGUUUUUCGCUUCCUCUUAUCUUUUGUCGUCGGGCAGCCAGAACAAGGCAGGAGACCUUAGGCUGUCGUUCUUUUUUCCAUUUGGUCAGUAAGGGAGGAUUCAGAUUGUGCCACAUCUUCGCAGACUUUAGAAUGGGGCUGUCUGGCAAUUUCAGG